AUGGUGCUGCAAUUACAUGUGUGGGGGCCGGCUUUCGGUUUGCCCUCAAUCGAUGCGCAAUGUCUCGCAGCUAUCGCCUAUUGCUCCUUAGCCCUCCCGAAGGACUCCUGGGAGGUGGUCGCCAGCAGUGAUCCCUCCGUGUCCCCUACUGGUGAGCUCCCGGCCCUCCAAAACGGUGCGGUAUGGGUGAGCCGAUUCCGCAGUAUCGUGGACUACCUCCGGAAACACUCGAACGGAGCCUGGGAUUUGGAUAAACAACUGGAUGAGACAUCCCGUGCUGAUAAUGUCGCCUUCUCCUCCUUCAUCGAAUCCCGCGGCCAGUCCCUUGUCGACCUCUACCUGUACGUCACCAGCCAGAAUUAUUACGGAAAUACCUCGCCUGCAUACGGAAGCCUUCUCCAGUGGCCGAACCAAUGGAUCCUGCCACCAAAGCUGCAUGGUGCCGCCAAAGCCCGUACCGAGCAUCUGGGUCUCUCGUCGCUUGACCUGCAAGCUAUGGAGGACCAACGGCAGCGCGAUCACAGCGCCGCCGUGACCGCUGGAAAGAUCCCAAAGAACCUGAUCCAGCGACCCCGCGAUACCGUGUCGAGCUUCCUGGGCCGCACGGCACAGUCAAAUCACUUCCGCAUCGAGGCGCUGACGGCGGAGUUUUUUGAGCCUCUCGAGGCCAUGCUGGGCCGUAAAGCAUACCUUCUGACCGCCGAAGACGAGGGCACCCCGUCUGGCAUUGACUGCAUCGCGCUCGGGUAUCUGUCGUUGGCGCUCGUACCAGAGAUGAGCUUCCCAUGGCUUCGGGAUGCGAUGCGUGCCAAGGCUCCACUGCUCUCGGCAUACACAGAGCGCUUGCGGCGACGGUGCUUCGGCGAUGCCCCGAUCGACAUCGCCCAUGCAUUUGCGCCCGAGUCAGCGCCCGAGUCGCCGAUUUCUUGGCGGACUCCAGGGCGCAUCUCUGUCGCGGCGGUCGGCACGACCCUUCUCUCUACUCUGGCAGAUUCGACCCCUUUUCUGCGUGAAAUCCGCAAGAACAACGGGCUUAAGAAGGUAGCUCAAUCGGAGGAUUCUGAACUUUCGGCUAGAGAAAAGCACGUUCUAAACAUGCACGCUGAUGCUAGCAAGAAGGACAUGUAUCUCUCCGUCGCCACGGUGGUGGGUGCUGUUGCUCUCACGGUCGGUUAUGUAUUGCAGGUUGGUCUAGUGUCCUUUGGCUCAGAAGAAGAGGAGGAAGAGGACAUGGAAGAGGAAAACGGCGAGGUUGCGUACCCAACGGCGGCUGAUUUCCUCGGAAUCUAA